AGCUAGACGCUAGAGGCGACUUCUCUGGUGUUGGUGGCGGACGGCUGUCAGAUUAGUAAACGGUGCAGGAGGUAAUGGCUAAAGUGGAGCUGACGCCGCUCAGACCAUGGGACGACUUCUUCCCUGGCUCGGAGAGGUUCGCGAAGCCGGACACGAGAGAUUUGGCGAAAUGGAACAACAGAGUUGUCAGUAACCUGCUGUAUUAUCAGACAAAUUAUCUGGCUUUGGCAGUCGCUGUUUUCCUCAUCGUCGGGUUCCUGAACCCUCUGGGGAUGUUCACAGCCAUGGCCGUGGUGUCGGCCGUCUUCCUGGGGUCAGUGUGGGCCGGAGAGAACAGAGCGAUCAUCAACAACUUUAAGAGGCAGAACCCCACUGCGUUCGUGAUCGCUGUCAUGGUCGCCAGCUACCUGUUAAUCUCUUUGCUGGGAAGCGUCAUGGUGUUUAUGACUGCAAUCACUUUACCUCUGACCUUGAUAUGUGCACACGCUUCGUUUCGCCUCCGCAACAUGAAAAAUAAACUGGAGAACAAGAUCGAGGGGGCCGGACUGAAGAGGUCACCCAUGGGCAUCUUGCUGGAGGCGCUGGGUCAGCAGGAGGAGAACUUUCAAAAGAUCCAGAGCUUUCUGGAGGGAAAACUGAAGGAGUGACUGGACUCACACACAUCUACACAUCGUCUGGCCAAAGAUUUCGACUCACUUGGAUGUAACAGAAUAAUGUAUCUGUCAGUCUAAACCUCUUGAAGUUCCUUUCAUACACGGUGUGUUUACCUGUCAAAGCUUGUAAUCUGAAGGGCUUUAUCUUUACCUCAGGGUAUCUGUCACUCCAGCCAGAACUUGCCAGGGCUGCUUUUCUCAAACAGUGAUGGGGGCAUCUCACGUCUCUGCUAUGCAAUGUGUCAGUGUUCCAGUGAAACACAGCUGCAGAGUUCUUCCUAUGUAUGAAAUCUGUGUUCAAUCAGUCUCAGAAACAGCCGUCAGUCCUGGCAGGUUGCGCUCGACUAAAAUUGUGAAAUUGUUGCUUUGUAACAAAGAAUAAAAAGUGCACACUCGACACGCAUUGCUGCCAAGGUGCUCUGCAGGCUG